UCCUUCAGAUAAGCUACAGAGAAAAUGUAACAUAACUUUGGAGCGAUGGCUCUGCGCCUGAGGGGCAGCAAGGAUGUCAAGAAGAGCUUCUAUUACGUCUGGUACCUUGGCGCGAGAGAGGCCAAGGGGGUGGACGCGAUGCCCGGUGCCAUAGCUUACCUGCUGGAGCGGGAACGGCUUCAAGAACCUUUCAAGGUCACACUGCAGGUGAGCAACAAAGGUCUGAAGAUUAUACAAACUGUUCAUCCUGGUGGCUCGACGAGAUCGGCGGUGAAGCACUUGGUACCAGGUCACGCGGUGCUGGCAGCUGUGCAGCGGGAGGACGUCGUGGCCGCGACUCUGCUCCUGCCAAAUCCGGCGACGAACAAUCCCGUGCACGUGCAUGCAUACAGAUGCGACUCGGUCGAGACCGCCGAAUUGUUAGGUGGCCAGCUGAAAGCGCUGGCGUCACACGCCGACAAUUUGGCCAGGGUCACGGCGAGCGAAGGCAGAAUCCGCAGCAAUCUAGGCAGCGAUGGCCGAAGUACCAGAGAGUCCGAGUCUUCCGAAGGUAGCGGUGAGCUCAGACACGAUCCGGUCCAAACCACGACCAUUUAUGAGUCUUUGGCCGCCGAGUUGCGGGCAAAAUUAGGCAGAGGCAAUUCCGGCGACAACGACGUCGGCCCGAUAUUACUGCCGCCGCGCGACUACGACACCGUGCACAGGCACCGCGGCAACUUGGCCGGCAUCGAGUUCAGGCGUUGCCUGAAUCAGACCAUCGUGGGUGGUGGCACGGCCGUUGACAGGGGUGGCACGAGAAGCGCGGCCAGCAGCGGCAUAGGAUCCGAUAGCGCGGCGACGCCACCGCCUUAUCAGACGCAACAUCCCAUCGGCCACAGACCGUCCAGACCGUUGAGAGAUUCCUCUUCUGAUGACGAUUGGGGCGUGCCAAACGAGGAUAACGAUUAUCGAGAUGAUCCAGAAGUGGAGACAGCUGCAAGUCUAACAUUGCCGCGGCUGCCGCGAAGCCCGGAAAGGCUACCCAAUCAAGUAAACAGGGGAGUUUCGCCGAGCUGCAACAGGAAUCGACGAGCGGCGGAAUUUAGACAGCGAUCGCCGAGUCCUCAAUAUCAGCCUCGGGUCAACCCCGGCGAGGUGACCAGUCCCAGAGAGAGGUUCCAAGAUGCCAAGGAAAUGUUCAGGGCGAUGGAGAGGGAGGCCAUCGCCAGGCCUGUUCUCCCCAGGCUGAGAGACAUCGAGCAUCAUCCUGUACACAGAGUCCAAUCGGCUAGACAGAUUCACUCACUGGAGGAUCGAUCCAGCCGCCAAUAUCCGGCGAGUCUGAACUCCGUGUCUUCGCACGAGCACGCAAUCAGACGAAGUCAGCCGGACAUGCUUGAUCGCGAAAAUGUUGUGUCUUACAAGGGUCUUACAAGACCUAGACCCAGGACUCAUCAUUAUGCGGUCGAGCGUCCACCUGAGCCAGAAAUUUCGAGACCGCGGCCAAGGAGCUUCUACGAGAAUCCGUCGGUCGGCAGAGAUUUCAGAGAUCAGAGGAAUCUCGUAGAUCAGAGAGAUAUUCGAGAAUUUCGAGACCGUGUGCAGCACUCGCGGGAAUUGCGCGACAAGUUGCGGACGAGGAGCGCGAACUAUCAGGAACUGUCGGAGCACGAGAGAUAUCCUGGACUCGAUCGCGAAAGUGCCAGACCACCGUUGGAGAUGAUCCCGACAUCCGGUAGAUACCGUCACAGCUACGCCGAGCCGCCGAGAUUGGGCCUGGCUGCGCUUCAUCCCUACUGAUGCGCUAGCCCGUUUUUAAUUGGUGAAUUAUUUAAUGAAUUAACCGACAUAUCGCGCUAUCGUUAUUAUUCAUGCACUGCGCCUUGACCGUUCAGUGUGUUCAUGGCUAAUGGCCUUUGUCCCGUCUCUACAAUAAAAAAAAAUGAGGAAGGACAAAGGAGCUCGAGGACUGCGAUAUGGAUGUUUUUAUUUCUCGACUCUGGGAUGCUAGCAGGAAACAGUUUUCGAAUUAACACUAAUAUCGUUCCUUACUAUCGGUCGCUUAAAUUAUAUAAUACUAAAUUGUAUAAUGGAUUAUUUAGUGUAAUGUAAUUUACAAAAUAAAUUGUUUAUACAAUAUUUACAAUAAUUAUUAUACAUAAAGUAAUACAAUAAUUUAGAUUACGUUUUAAAAUGAACUGCGGACUGUGACUUUGACGAUUUGCUCACGUAUCGUGCCACUGAACAGUCAAUGCCGAACCGAGAUUGUAUAUGUAUGUAACGAGAGUAAAAGAAGCUUGUAUAUGUAUUACACUUUCGAUGAAUCCAAUUCCAUUGAUUUUUUUUUUUUUUGCGUAUCGUUGUUAUCGAGUACGGACGCAGGAUUUCGUUGACAGAAUCGUUCUAGUUAAACGAACGAAUUCUAACACGAUCCCGUGUACGUACCAUAUUGUUAUGCGUCAGAUGCCACACUAACAAUAUAAUAAUAAAUAGUAACAACACAAUAAUACGGAUAAUAACAGUACCAAUAAUAAUUGUAACAAC